AUGGGCAGCCUAUACUCGGAGUAUCUGAGCCCCAGCAAGGUCCUGGAACACUACAAUUACACAAAGGAGACGCUAGACACGCAGCAGACGCCGUCCCGCAAGGUGGCCUCAACCCUGAUUAUCAUCCUUUGCGGCGCCAUUGUGAUGGAAAACCUGCUGGUACUCAUUGCGGUUGCACGAAACAGCAAGUUCCAUUCAGCCAUGUACCUAUUUCUGGGCAACCUGGCUGCUUCGGACCUUCUAGCGGGUGUGGCCUUCAUAGCUAAUACCUUGCUCUCAGGCCCUGUCACAUUGGGGCUGACGCCUCUGCAAUGGUUUGCCCGCGAGGGAUCUGCCUUCAUCACACUCUCUGCCUCUGUCUUCAGCCUCCUGGCCAUUGCCAUUGAGCGGCACGUGGCCAUUGCCAAGGUCAAGCUGUAUGGCAGCGACAAGAGCUGCCGCAUGUUGCUGCUCAUUGCGGCCUCCUGGCUCAUCUCACUGGCUCUCGGCGGUCUGCCCAUCCUUGGUUGGAACUGCCUGGGCCACCUGGAUACCUGUUCAACUGUUUUGCCGCUCUAUGCCAAACAUUACGUGCUCUGUGUGGUGACCAUCUUCUCCGUCAUCUUGUUGGCCAUUGUGGCUCUGUACAUCCGUAUCUACUGUGUGGUGCGCUCUAGCCAUGCUGAUGUGGCUGUCUCACAGACGCUGGCCCUGCUCAAGACGGUCACCAUUGUACUGGGUGUUUUCAUCGUCUGCUGGCUGCCUGCUUUUAGCAUUCUCCUCCUGGACUACGCCUGUACGGUCCGGUCCUGCCCUAUCCUGUACAAAGCCCACUACUUUUUCGCCUUCGCCACUCUCAACUCACUGCUCAACCCUGUCAUCUACACGUGGCGCAGCCGGGACCUGCGGCGGGAGGUACUCCGGCCAUUGCAGUGCUGUCAGCGGGCAGCGGGGGUGCUCCGGCCAUUGCAGUGCUGUCAGCGGGCAGCGGGGGUGCAGGGACGGCGGAGUGGAACACCGGGCCACCGCCUCCUGCCCCUGCGCAGCUCUAGCUCGCUGGAGAGAGGCACACACAUGCCCACAACACCCACGGUUCUGGAAGGCAACACAGUGGUCUGA